AUGUUUCUUACUUGUGAUGGUUAUCCACAACAAGAUCAAAACUCCGUUGGUUUUCGAUUAUUAUUAGAUCAACGACCAUGUGUAUUCAAACAAUCAAUUGCUCGCGAUACUGGUGUUCUUCUUAAGUAUUAUGCAUUACCAAUAUGUCAAUUAGAACCAUUAUGUCGUGAUAAUUAUGUUCCAUUAUUUAAACAAAUACUAUGUCAAGAAGAUGGACGAUAUAGUUAUCCAAGAACAAUUUGUUUACCAAAUCGUUCAAAUCGAGAUGUUCAAUAUAUUCUUAUACCAAACCGAAAACCAAAGAUAACACCACGUUAUUAUUAUUACGAUGAUGAUGAUGAUGAUGAUAAUGAUAAUGAGGUACAACUAGUUACAACUAAUAGAAGAAUCGUUCGAACCAAACCAAUUGAAGAACAACGAACUAAACAUGUUAAAAUAAAUAAUUUUGAGUCUGAAGAUCGACAACAAAAUGUAACUGAAUCUAAUGAUCAUGGAAUAAAAAUACGCAAUACAAGUGAUGGUGAGCAAAUUAUAUUUGAUGAAGAUGAUAAUAUUAUCAAAAUAAUUCGAAAUAAACGAACACCAACUCCACCAAUUGUUGACAGUCGACGACUCAGAAAUCGUCGUCAUGAGCCUCGAACAGUUUAUUAUGAAACUUCAGAUGGUCAUUUAAUAACACGUCAACCAAACAAUUAUGAUCUAAUUAAAAACAAAAGUAAAUAUGUUUAUAUUAAUGAUGAACCGACAAAAAUUUUACGAAAAGUAAUUAUUAAACCUACAAUCAAUGAUCAUGAGACUAUUUAUGAAAAAGAUAAAUAUACAAAACAUUUACCACGAAAACUUAAAAUUCAAAAACAUAUUAAUGAAAUAUCAGUUGAUACUGAUACUAACUAUGAAAAACAACAACCACAAUAUGUUGAAAUUGUACGACGACGAAUAAUACCAAGAGAAGUAAUAACCGAAAAAGAAUCACCAAAAAAAUAUGUGCUAGUUAGAAAAAAACUCCAUUCCGAACCAAUAUAUGAAACAACAUCACCUCUUCCAACAAUUACAACUAAUCGUCGUAUGGUUCGUGAAGCACCAACAAAAAAAAUAUCAACUAAACAUGUCUAUGCAACAGAUGAAAAAUAUUACAAAUAA